AUGGGGUGCACCGGCAUGCUGUUUCGCGCAGAAGCAGCGACAGAGCCAGUCCCCCCAAUACCGAAUUUCAGACUAGAGACGGCGGCACCGUUCACGGUCUGCGGCACAGAUUAUGCGGGGCCGAUCUCCUAUAGACAUGAGGAUGGCACCCUCCGGAAAAGCUACAUACUGCUUUUCGUAGGUCCGGCUUCCGGAGCCAUCCAUCUUGAGCUUGUUCCAGACAUGUCGGCGUAUGAAUUUCUCUUGUCGUUGAAGAAAUUUCUCGCCCGAUUCAGCAACGUAACGCGAAUCAUGUCGGACAACGGUCUAUCAUUCGUCAGGGCAGCUAGGGAAUUGAAAAUAAUCUACGAUCAUGUGAAAUGUCCAGCCGUUCAGCAGCACCUCGUCGAUGCGGAAAUUACGUGGGAAUUCAUCACCCCUCACGCGCCCACUCACGGCGCAUGGUGGGAAAGUAUGGUUCAAACGGUGAAACGUCCGCUAAGGAAAAUUCUAGGUCGAGGCGCCCUGCGGUUCAGGGAGUUAGAAACAGUGCUGGUAGAAAUUGAAUCCUUGGUGAAUCAAAGACCUCUCACGGCGGUGCAACUCGAUCCGAAUGAGAUCAGCGCUUUGUCGCCGGCGGAUCUACUCCACGGACAUAGAGCGAAGCCGCCCCUGCCUGAAAUGAAAUUCAAACCAGAUUCGCGAGAAGCAGCGAACUCGAUAGUUUUUUCGAGGCGUUGGAAACACCAGCAAUCGGUUAUUCGAGCCUUCCAGAAGCGGUUUUCGCAAGAAUAUAUCCAGUAUCUAAGAACCGCGCAUAGUAGGAAUCCGUCAGAGUCGCGCAGCGUACAAGUCGGCGAUGUAUGCCUCUUGCAGGAUCCAAGUCCUUCUAAAGCGCGUUGGCCUCUACUAUGUCGAGUGCUGAGUCUUUCGGGCGGGGAGAGAACGGAUCGUCGGCAACGAUCCUGUCUCAUUAAGACGGCUUCAGGCCAAGUCUUUCAGAGACCGGUGCAGUGGCUCUACCCGCUAGAGGUCUAG